CAAAACACAUGGUCUUCCAAGAAAUCCAAGCCUAUGAAUCAGAGUCAAAAACUGGAAACAACAGCAAGGUGGAAGUCAGGCUCCUGUGGAGAAUUCCUGUUGUUCCUGACUGCAGACUCGGUGCACUUUGUGCUGCAGAAAUUCUAAAUUUGGCAAGUUUGCUUCCAAGCAAGUGAUGUAUUUUUGUGUUUUGCUCCCUGCUACUUUUUGCAAGUGAAAGAUGUGGAGACACUUUUGUUUUAUUCUGUUCAGAUCAGUAUGCAAAUGUUGGUAACUGCUUUAUACCAAUAGAACAGUGGGUGUGUCAGUGAGUUCUUUGUGUGUUUGUGGGGAUGGUGGUUUGGAGAGUUUUCUGGGGCUUGUUAUCUCACUGUGUGGUAAAAUCACACCAUAAUUUAGAGAUAAUUUAAAGCACUAAUGAUAAAGAGUUUUGGACUUAAGUGUAUUAGUUAACUGAGACUCAACAAUUUCAGUGUUUCAGGAUCCAACUUUUAGAAUAUUCUGAGUCUCUAGGCAUGGGAAAAUUAGUUCUUGUUCAUUGUAACCUGAGCAAAAUGAACAGCGAGUUCAUUUUUCCCACAGAAAGAAUACAAUGUCAAAAGUUCAGGCAAAAGAGUUCAGGUUAAAAGCUGUAAGAUAACCAAACUGUUAAAUCAACAUCUUCUUCCUAGCAGUGACUUGAGGAAAAUUCUUUUAACUCCUUUGUGUAUCAUUCAUCCUCACUUUUAGGUCAUGCUCGGUGUGAGACCUAUUGUUGGCAGACAAUAAUUAUCUGGUUCUCACUAAAGCAUAAAGCAACAGGAAGAGUUUCCAUGUGUUUUUGGAAAGUUCGAGAUGGCAUGUGCCCAGAAUCCCUGUAGAUGGAGCUCACUGCAUCCCUUUUGGUUGAAAACCAAGGACAGCUGGACUGAAGAUGGUGAAAAUCUGUUUAGAGAUGAGAUGGGGAAUGUUGCUCUAGUUGACAUGUCCUGGUGAGAGAUGGAGGAAAGACCCUGAGAGCUGCUGCUCUUCAUGGGAAGAUGUAAAUUUGGGGAACACCUGGGAAUUAUUCUCUGGACAUCUGAGCUCAGCAGCAUCAGGAACACCAGCCUGGGAUAUUAAAAGGUGAGAACUGCAACAGGUUUGAGCAUGUUUUCCCAGUACCCCUAUCCAACAGUGUGAUACCCCCCAGAAAAGGGUUUUUAUUAGUGAAGUUUUGAUGUACAAAUCUGAAUCAGAAACAGAGAAUUGUCUCACCAAGAAAUGGUCUAAAGGCAAUUACCAAGUAAUUGAGCCCAGAAGGCAGGACAGAUCCCUACCUCUGCUCUAAACGCUGGUUUUUAAGAGGGGGAUGGGGUGACCCAGAUUAUCCCCAGGAGGGGCAGCAAUUACCAUUCCUCCUUGGCAGGUUCAGCAGAGCGGCCAGGGCCGGCUGAGCAGGCAGAAUGAGGUGCUGGUUUAUCCCCAGUGAUCAUUGGGCUUUGUGUCUCUGUCUUUUGCUGCAGAGAUUUUGGGGAAUUUUGGGUGAUGCCCUGUAUCAGACCUGUUUGUAACUUACAGCACAGUGGCACCAUGCUAAUUUUUAUGAUGCUGUUAUUUAAUGAAAAGGCUGAAAAUUGGGAGCUUCCCAAUCUCUUGACUUGUGAACUUUGGGUAAGAAGAGAAGCUGUUCCAGAGGUGAGCUCAUUUCUAACCCCGGGAAAUGACUUCAUGGACGCUGGUAUUUACUCACAAAAACAUUGCAUGUCAGAUGUCCCUGACUAGACUUUCUGUUUCGAGUCCAGUAUGAGACAAAAAUUUCCUUGGAUGAGCUGCUCCUAAGACAAUUCAAGGUUUGGAGAAAGAGAAGAAUUGCAGAGGAGGGAGGAAAGAAUCAACAUUAAAAACACACUGAAAUCACGAGGUUUUUCUGAAUAAAGGAAAGGUUUUGGGCAGGCAGCCUGGCAGAAGCACCUGCCUGGGGGAGGGUGUGGGUGAUGAGUCCAGCAGAAGAAUCAUUCAUCCUUACCCCCCAUAACAACCAGCAGCUGGGGUUUCUCUCAGCGAGGGAAAAAAGUUUUUCUCUUUGGGAAGCCAAGCCCCCAGCAGUGAUUUAUCAGGAUAAACAACAGCAGGUUCCCUGCCCCAUGUUUGCAAUAGGUUAAUGGAAAUUAUAUCCCACGCUGCUCUCCCUGGAUGAGAUCCCAAUAUAUACAGGGUGUACGAUGGAAAAACACAGCACUUGCAUUUUUAUUUGAGGUCUGCUCAUGCAGAAAUUGUCACUGGGACUGUAUUACCCAGUGUGGUUCCUGAUUUCUCUUUUCUCCAGGAUCCUGGGAUGAUCCAUAUGGAUUUGGGGAGAUCAGUCCUAUUUGGGGACACUGGGGGAUGCUCUGUCCCCUUAUGACCCAGCACUGGACUGCAGCUCUGGGGAUGUACUGGGACAGCAUCCCAAGAGGAGGAGAUUUUGGGAAGAGCCAAGCUCGGAUGUAUGGAAACAAGCCCUGCCUGCCAGCACUGUUUCCUAAUCCUGGACACCAAAACCUCUGAUCGUUAAACCAGUGUUCAGAGAUUCGGCUGAAGACUGCCAUGCAGACAACAUCCAAACUGACCUUUGAGGAGAUGAGCAAAAAAAAAAAAAAGAGAGAGAAAACACAAGGGGAUUACUGUGCAAACGCUGGAGAAAAGGAGUAAUUUCAAUAAGGGACCCCACCCUUAAAAUAAGACUUAUUGCUAAUGCAUGCCCAGGACAUUUCUGUGUGAUGGUAUGCUAAAAAAAUCCUCUCUGAACAGGGACUAAAGGCUUUGUUGUGGCAUGAGCAAGGCUUACAGUUCCCAAGAAAAAUCCUGUCCCUCUCUUGCAUCAUACAGCCAGAGAUGGAGAGGACAUUUCUAGACAAAAAGACCAUCAGUCAGGACAAAGGACAAACAGGGAAUACAUUCCUGACUUGCUAUUUAAUUGCCUUCAUGCAGGUGCAAAGAGCUAAAUGAAAAGAUAAAUAAGGAUGAGUGUGUGGGGCCAAAUUAAUCUUAGCUUUAAGCAGGAGCCUAAUGUCAGGAGGAGGUGGCUGCUGGAACAAACAGGCUUCCACCCAACUUCUGUGCGGAUUUUGUGCUACUUUUCCCCCAAGGGCCAGGCUCACUCCCAAGGCACUGGUAAGGAGGUGGUGGGGACAGUCCCAUCUCAUGUGGCAGAGCUGGCUGGUGCUCAUUGGCAGUACCAACAGGAUCUGCUUUCCUCUUACCCCCUGUAUGAAAAGCACUUUGGAUGCAGGACUUGCCCUCUGUGGCUUUGAGCAGGGAGUUUCCAUCCUGAUCCCUUUUGGCAGCUCCAUGCAGAAGUGAUGGAGAAUUUAGGGGAUUCCAGGGCAAACAUGGUCUACUGCCUGCAGCAUAUCCUGGGUCUCAGGAGCUGGUCUCUCUGCCACAAAAUUUGACUCUCAAACCCACAAAGGUUUAAGGGUCAAAUUGGAAAAGGGGAAAAUAUAUUUUCUGCUUGUGCCCAAGAGCACUCCUGCCAGCACAGCAUCCUCCAAGAUAGUGCAACCACCCUCAGAGCUUAGGCAUUUCCUCCUGAAAUAAAUGGGAGUAGUUUUAAUGAUGGAAAAGCUUUUCCAGAAAGGGAAUCUCCUCCUCUUGGGGAACAAUGCAGAGCCACCACUGCCAACCUGGGAUCUGCAGGGACCUGUAUACCACAUACUCUUUAAUUUAAUAGCCUGGAAAAUGUGAACAUCUAUCUGCAUGUCAUUAAAGUCCCAGUGAAACUCCUGGGGAGCACUGGGCAGUGUGCUGGCCCCUGCAGGGCUUGGGGCUGUCCCUCUUUCACCCCCACAGCUCCUUUGCUGGCCAGAAGAGCAGGAUGUCCUCAGUUUCCCUCCCUGUCCUUGCAUGACAUGUCAUAUUUUUUAAGCUCUUGUGAGCUGUUUGUCCCUCCCAAGGUGCUUCCCUCCCACUGUGUUAUGCUGCAAGAAAUGUAGAAAGAACAAGAUAGACUGCAGGAAAAGUGUAUUCAUUAAAAUGCCAAAAUUAACCACAUUUCCCUUUAUUAAUUCCCUCCUUACAGCAUUUCCAGUCCAGGCAUGUACCUGGGAUACUUCCACAGACCCAUGUGGUCCAGGAGAAUCUCUGAGGUCCGUGUGCGUGCAUCUGCGAGUCUCUUGGUUGUCUGAGCAACGGGAUGUUCAUCACUAACUCCCAGGAUAAUUAACUCAUUUUUCUGUAUUUAUAGCAAACCAGUACGGGGAGUGUUGGCACUUAUCCCUGAUGGAGCCACAUUUGGCCACAAUGUUUUGAAUUUUGGCUAUUUCUUGCAUUACGGCGGCUUUGUCAUCAUCCCCGCUGCCUGCUCAUUAAGUGGGCAGCUCAUUAAGCUAACAAGGGCAGGGGUGAUGGUGGCUGCCUGAGCCAGGCUGCCCGUGGGUGCCUCCUUGGUGUGCCCUGCUCCUGGUUUGCAGGUGCAGGGGGUGUUUGCAGCAGCACUCCUGUCUCCAGAUGCCUGCAUAUGCCUGUGCUAACAGCAGUGUCGCUCCCGGCUUUGCUGCUGGCAAGGGGAAAUUUUACUGCUUCAAGGUUUGUUGCAGGGAUCUGAUGCAAGGAAACGUUGGAGCAUCCUGACUCAGCACCGCAGCAGUGGGGAACCCGUGGGAAAGACACGGAGCAUCUUCUCUCAGCAUCAGGGCAUGCGUAUGCCAGCAGGGGAUGAGUGAGAAGCAGCUCCCUGCACCUUCCCACUGCCCCACCGCGCGGGAGGACACCAAUGUCUCGGCCUCUGUGUACCCCCAGUACUGGGUGGAGCCCCGGUUCACCCAAGCAGCCAAGGUCCGUGUGAUCAUCACAGCCAUCUUCUUCCUGCUGGCAGCAGGCAGCAACACAGCGGUGCUGGGCAGCCUGCUGAGGAAGAGGAGGAAAUCCCACGUGCAGCCGCUGAUCCUCAGCCUGGCGCUGGCCGACCUGCUGGUGACAGUGAUGGUGAUGCCCCUGGAUGCAGCGUGGAAUGUGACAGUGCAGUGGUAUGGAGGCGACAUCUCCUGCAAGAUUCUCAACUUCCUCAAGCUCUUUGCUAUGUAUGCAGCUGCCCUGGUACUGGUGGUCAUCAGCCUGGACCGGCAUGCAGCCAUCCUCCAUCCCUUCUCCCGUGCUCACCGCCGCAAUGGGAUGCUGCUCCGUGCUGCCUGGGGCAGCAGUGUGCUCCUGGCUUUGCCCCAGCUUUUCCUCUUCCACCUGAACACAAUCCCAGGAGGGAAUUUCACCCAGUGUGUUACUCACGGAAGCUUCCGAGCACACUGGGAGGAAACCGUCUACAACAUGUUCACCUUCACCACCCUCUACAUCACCCCCCUGAGUGUCAUGAUUGUUUGCUACAUCCGGAUCCUUUGGGAAAUCAGUAAGCAGCUAAAGGUCAAUAAAGGUUUGACAAGAAAUCAAAAUGACCACAUCUCCAAGGCACGUAUGAAGACUCUCAAGAUGACCAUAGUGAUUGUUGCCACCUUCAUCAUCUGCUGGACCCCUUACUAUCUCCUGGGCUUGUGGUACUGGUUCCAGCCAGCCAUGAUCCAGAAGAUGCCAGAGUAUGUCAACCACAGCUUCUUCCUCUUUGGCUUGCUGCACACCUGCACUGACCCUAUCAUUUAUGGACUGUACACCCCUUCCUUUCGGGAGGACGUGCAGUUGUGUCUCAGGGGCAUUGAAACAGCCAUCACCAGGCACAAGAGACACAAACCCAUCUCAGCCUCAGAGAAGAACAUCAAGGACUGUGCUGCAAAUGGUGGGGUGGCAUCAGGGGGCUCCAACGGGACAACUGUCAGCACAGUCUGAUGAAGAGAUGCACCCAUAAGGGGAUGGCAGGCACAGCUUUGGGACUGUUUUGUCCUGUAGGAUCAUUUUGGAAACUGUCAUGAUGAGGUUCCCUACUCAGCUUUGGUGAGUGAGGGUCUCUGGCCAGAAAUGAGAAUGUGUCUUCUGGCUGUACUCAGGGUGAAAAAUAUUUGGGGGUAUUUAUGGUCACUCUGCUGUAUUCUGGCAGCACUGUGACAACUAGAGAAGGAUCCUUUUUGUACCUGACAUAUGCUCCAGCCCUGAUUCUUGGAUCAAGCUUCUCCACACUUCCAGCAUCAACCCCUGGGAGGAAAUCUACCAUCUCUUCUGUGGUCCAGGGUCAUGUCUCUGGAGUGGCUGGUCUUAAAGUGCCCUUUGCACCUACACCCAACUGUAGAGCUGCAUGGAUGAUGUCACCCUGAGCCUGCAAAGGUGUGAUCACAAGCUUUUACUCUGUUUUCUCCACCCAUUGUAGGAAAAGCUCUCUGGAAAUUUCAGAUCUCGUGACUCAGAACCUGCCUGGUUCUCCCAUGGCUGUGUGACAAGCCCUGGGAAAGAUCUAAAUAUCUGGAGGUUGACUAAUGCAGGGGCAUUCAUGCCCUAGGCAUGGUGGGCAGGAAGGGAGUGUUGUGGGGAUGGAAGAACUCAGGCAAGAGUCGUACAAAGAACAACAGUGGUGUAGGCUGAGGUUUCUUCUCUCUUUUGAAGAGAGCCAGAAGGGAAAACGGUCCCUGCUACUGUUUUCUGGUGUGAAGGGGGUGGUACAGACAGACACAUCAUUGCACAGCAGCUCUGUGGGACACAGGGCAAACCAGGAGGGAGGAUAUUUGGGGUAAUGAGACCUGACACUGGCCAGCCCCCCAUGACCUUUCUGUCCCCAUAUCCCACAGCACAAGCUGGCAGGUUACAGGCCACAUGCUGGACACAUUUACUUUGCCCUAAAAAGCACCAGCCCCUCGGCUCUGCCCCAGCAGAGCAGGUGCAGCCACCCCACAAAUGUUGUCUGAGGGUCCCAACAAUGGAAGUGAUAGCAAGCAGAUGGUAGGUAGAGCAGUCCAUCAGCACUUUUAGUGCCAGAUGGAGGCAAAUGGGGGUAAGGAGGGCUUCUGGAAGGAUCAGCUGAGCUGUGGUGAGUAACAUGGUUUGUUCGCUUUCUACUAUUGUGCCAAAAGUUGCUUGUGGAGGCAGAGGUCUCUUCUCUGGGUGUGGGUUGAAGAGAUGAGUUAUUUGACUGUGUUGUCCUUUCCAGGUAAUUAGAAAUAGUGGAUUAUUUCUUUUUUUUCAUUCUCUGAUGAUUGUUAUUAAAUGUGGGGUUUGCUUUUGAAGAGAAAUUUAGUUUUAAACUAGGUGGGUUGUUGUUUUCUUAGUUUAGUUAAACCUUUGGAUAGCUCAGGAGCUCUGGACUUGGCAGGAGGCAGUUCCUAGGCUAUUUUUGUGGCCACCACAACUUUAAAUGAGCAUCUGGAUUUUAUCAGGAUGAAAGAGCUUUGUUUUAAAAACAACUCUUGUCUUGCUGUGGUUGUGUGUAUAGGAAGCUGGGAGACGUCGUCCCCUCAAGAAAACAAAUCUCCUUUGGGCACUGAGGGGGCUUUUUCUCAAUCCUGUUUCCAUGAGGUGUUGACUCCCCAUCAGCCAGAAAGAGUUUACACUUCUCUCCCAGUGCCCUAGCUAACAAAUGAUUGAAAUUGGAAGGGUGGCAAGCAGUCCUUGCAGCUGGCUGAGGCUGGGCAAUGAGGACACAGGAAACCACAGUGCUCAGGGUGAUGCUGAGCUGCACAUGGAUACUUAGCCCUUGCGUUUCUGGUACUAAUUAUUAUUUAUGCUAAACAUGUAGCCCAAGGAGAAAAAAAAAAUCAAUUAAAAUUGCAGGAGCCCAGACCAACUGGUGGGGAUUAGCGUGAGCCAUUUAGGAAGCAUCCAAACUCCGAUGAGAUGCAUAAUCGCAGUUUGGCUUUCCUGGGCUCGUUCUGCUCCAUGGUAAUUACUCAGUGCUAACGGAGCAGGGGUUGGCUGAUGCCAGGCUGGCAAAAAGGGCAUCUUGGAAGGUGUUGGGAAUGGUUUGCACUAGGGAAGCUCAUUUAUUCAUCAGACACUCCUUUGGUCUCUUUGUUUAUACUGCUGAUGAUGGGAGGCAGACCUUGAAGGUAUGCUGGUUUUCUGGCAAGCCUUGAAUAAGCAGGAAAGUGUCUUUAAUCUACUGAAAACUGUCUUUAUCCACUUUUUGCUGAGUGGGAGAGAACAGAUCCAACAUUGCUCAUGCACAUGUCUUCUCUUGCCCAGCAACAGGAGAGCUCAGAGGUCUUCUCUGAGGACCAAGAAACACUUUUUUCCUUGUGGGAAGGCUUCACCACCUUUACACCCCAUGGGUGAAAAGGCAAAAGUGGGUUUGGAUUUAGGGGGACUCAGUGAUCUUACAGUGAUUUAAGUUGGACAAGAUCUCUAUGAAGAUUAGGAAAAUGGGGAUUCUGGCAAGCAUAUGUACCUUAGUCCUUAGAGGAAUCCCAUUCCUUGGGAUUCUUGCAGGCACUCCAGUGCUGCUCCUUUUGCCCAUCUCUUUCAUACCUUCCCUCCUGUUGCUGAUGUUCAAAGUGACAUCUUGUGGAGUGUGGAGUGUGGGCAAGGUGCCCAAAGUGACAGCUUUCAUGAGAGAAGGAAAAUGUCUGGAAGCAUGUGCUGCCAAGCCAUGUGCCCACUGUAUGCAGGAAGGGGGAGCAAGCAGGUGGGCAGCACCUCCCUGGGGAAGGUGGGAUCAGUCUGGGUCCUGACAGAGGUGGACCAAAGCCCAGGCCUGGUUUGAAUAUUCCUACAUUUCUGAUUCUGCUUCUCUUAUAUUUGUUCGCACUUUAGAGAGCACAAGAUUUUUGCAUCACUUACUGGGAGCUUGAAUCCCAAGUCUCUCUUUCCCCCCGACCUCCAGGGAUGGUCCUGCUUUCUGUGGUGCUUCCCUCUCUUUCCCCACAUUGCCUCAAACCCUUUGUCUCCAACAGCCCCUGCCCUUCUCCUCAGCUGGCUCCUGAGAUCUCUGUAUAUAAAUAAAUAUAAAAUAUAUAUAGAGAGAGAGAGAGUAAAAAUACUUUUUAAAUAUAUAUUAUCUAUUUCUGCUUGUUGGAGGAAAAUUCUCCCACUUCCUCAAAACCAGCUCAUUCCUACCAAGGAAACACCAGUUACCACACUUCUUGCAGUCCCAGCCAGGAUCAGAUUUGUCUGAUUCAGUAACAAUUCCUUAAUAUUCACCACAGUAAUGUAAUGAACAUAUUAAUAAGAGCAGGUAGCUCUGUAUUUUACAACUUCUCGACCUCUCCCUGGGCCGCCCGCUUCAAACACAGCGGCCCUUUGUUCGGGAGGAAAUUCUGAUUCAUUCCCUGUUAGUGUUUUUAUAGCACUGUGCAUGUUCAAAGAGCCACGCAAGUGGCUUAAGAGGCUAACACAAACCUUGGGUUAAUUCAUAAUACUGUUAGUUACUCAGCACAAUACCCGCAUUAAUCCAGCUGACUGCACCUCGCCACGUUGGGAAACACAUGCUGAAAUCAGCAGGGAGCUCAGAAAACAAGCGUGGGAGUAGGAUAUUAAGUAUUUUGCCAGGCUGCUAGGUAGGAUCUGAGCACCUUUAAUGUAUUUAAAAUAUUUUCCCAUUGCUGUUGCCUCGCUUCGCAGCUGUGGAGCUGAAGCAAUGAGGCUGUGCCCAGAAUCCCUGCAGGCCUGAGCAUGAGGGAUGGGGCUACAAGCUCUCCAAGGGAUACUCCAGACACAUCCAUCAGGACUCAGCCCCCACCUGCAACCACCUCCUUUUUUUUGGGUCUAUUCAAACUGAUCAAAGCGGAAAAAGCUGUUUUUUCCCUUUGAUACCUGCUGAUUUCAUUGCAGAGCUGGACUGUGAAUGCCUGCCAUGAGCCCCCACAAUGGUUUUUCUCUGGGGACAUAGCCUGGAGCUAUUAUUACUUCUGCUUACUCUCAGAAACCUUCCUAUGCAAAGAAACCCUAAGAAAAGAGCUUUAAAUCCCUGCUGUGUUCUUUUCAUCUGGCUCAGGAGCUCCCAGGUUUGUGCCUUUCCCUGCAGUGCCAGCAGACAUCCAUCCCACUACUGCUGCUCAACCUCCUCCUUUUUCCAAAGGGCCCCAAAUAGCCCAUCUGCUCCAAAAGUUGGAGUUUCUUUCAGACAAACCAGCCUUUUAACAAACUAGUACCCUUUAGACAGCAUCAAAUACCUUCAGGUUUUCUGGCUAGCACAUAGCUUCCCCUAAACUUGCAUAUUUACAUGGCACAGCAUUUAAUAUAACAUGCUGAGGAAGACCAAAAAUGGGCAAACUUUCCCAUGACCCCCAUGCACGUCUCAAAUCCCAAGUUUCUGCACUGAAAUAUCAAGGAGUAAAUUAUAAAGUGGUUGAGCCUGUCACACAAUAAAUUGUUUAUGUAUAUUUUAAUUGCAAAUCUAUGCUACAAUUAGCACGGACACUUCUUGGGCUGAAGAGGAGCUGCAGUGUGCUUUGACAGUGAGCAUUAUUAAUGGGCUGUAAAAGGCAAUGGGGAAUUGGAUUAUAAUGUUCUUGUUUUCCAAGCUGUAUGGUGAAAAAAUAAAUUUGUUCUGGCAGCAAAAUUAACUGGGAUAAAUGUGUCUAGCUCCAGUCACCAAGAAGAGGGGCUGCUGUAAAUGAACUUGUACUUAGUCUUGAAUUAAAAAACCUGAUUACUAGGACAUUUUUUCUGGCAAUUAGGUACCAGAACAACAUCAGAAAAAGAUAUUUUCUUUGAAAUAUUUAAUGAGUAAGGUAAUCACAGACUCAUUUUCUGGAAAUAUGUGAUGAGUUGGGGGUUUUUGUGGUUAAGGUUCACUUUGCAAUGAAAAUUUGGGUUUAUCAAAUUUACUAAAGGCUGGACUGCGAUUGAACACAUCUGACUUUUCUUUGCCUAUAAUCCCUAGGUCUUCGUGGGGUUAUCCCAUGCCCAGUAACUAAUCAAAGGAUAGUGUUUUACUCCUUUUUCUGUUUCAGGCAGUUGUAGGUUGCUUUGUGACAACAGCAAACACAAAUGACUUGACAGGAGGGAGAGAAGAAAGAGCAUUGCCCUGUGUUUUCUCUAACAAAUCCCCAGUUUGGUAAGAACAAUCCUUAUUCAGUGUUGAUGCUGAAAACCCUGAGCUUGUCUAAUCUGCAUAGUAAAGUAGGAUAAGAAAGAUUAUGGCUGAGAUCACAAACCUUGUAGAUGUUUGUGCUGUUUUUGUCCAGGAUAGAACAAAUUUUCCUCAUAGCAGUGUAGUAACGAUGUUUUGGAUUUGUGCUUAGCUGCCAGCUGGGAUUAAAACACAACAAUGUUCUACAGAGGGGAAAAAAACAUACUAGAAACCAUUUAAGUUCUUCCAUUUGGUGGUUGUUUUAUUUCUUGUUGUUUUUUUCUUUUUUCUUUUCCCCUUACAAUCAUUAUGCUCAAAUAUAAAAAUUCCUGGCCAAAGUUAGUUUUAAAAGUUUAAAAGUAAUUCCAUCUGCAUUGAUACAUGCCAAACAUCACUAGACUCAGUUUCUGAAAACAUACUGGUAAGACUCCCAACAGGUAGCUUUGCCUGACAUCCAGAAAAAUCCUCCUUUCCAACUCGUGCAAACAUACUUCAACGUGACAGAAAAUAAGUUACACCUGAGUGUUUCCAUGCUUGAUUUUCAUUAAUCUUAAAUAACCUUUUUUCCAUGGACCCUUAAUGAUUGACUCAUGCUAAGCUGUACCACUGUGAUCCUUUUCAGCUCUACUAGGCAUCCUCAUGAAUCCCAGGAACACAGAAAUAAGAAUAAACACAGAGAUGCCAUGAGGAUUAAUAUAUUGGUGACAGAACUGGAAAG